AUGGUGGCCCCGGCCUCAACCGGUGUGAACUCGACGGCUGGUCAGCCGUCGAUAAAUUGCCAGCCAACCCGUUCAUCCAGCACCCACCCGUCGCAUUCCCAUAAUGUGCCCUUGAGCGCUCGAAGGUCAGCGCCGUUGGACCUGUCUACGGUUGAACGGCGUGGACAAGCCAAUUCACCCCGUGAAUCAUCGAAGCGCAUACGCCCUCAUGGUAUUCCCGAGGCCCCAACAUUUCGCCCAACCGAGGAAGAAUUCAAGGAUCCCGUGGCCUACAUCCAGAAAAUUGCACCCGAGGGCAGGAAAUAUGGCAUCUGUCGAGUGAUUCCUCCAGAGAACUGGCAGCCACCUUUUGCGAUUGACACUGAACGAUUCCACUUUAAGACUCGCCGCCAGGAACUCAACUCGGUGGAAGGAGGUAUGGCCCCGCGUUCAGCAGAUGCUGCUGCCCGUGGCAUUUCCCCCCAGCGCGGUUCUAAUCUAUACUUUGAUUCAGGAAACCGUGCCAACAUGAACUAUAUCGAUGGACUCGCCAUGUUUCACAAGCAACACGGGACGAACUACAGCCGAUUACCGAGUGUGGAUAAACGCCCCCUCGAUCUCUACAAGUUGAAAAAGGCCGUUGAAAUUCGAGGCGGUUUCGAGCAAGUGUGCAAAACCAAAAAGUGGGCUGAGAUUGGUCGUGACCUCGGAUACAGCGGCAAAAUCAUGUCUUCGCUGUCGACCUCACUCAAGAACUCCUAUCAGCGUUAUUUGCAGCCUUACGAGGAGUACCUCCUUCGAGCCAAACCUGGUGUGCAGCAACAACUUGAGAUGGAACAUGGUGGUCCUUUCACCCCAUCUCCGCGAAACUCUCCCAUGACCAAGAGGCCGAUGCCCGAAGAAAAUGGCACUCCUUCUAAACUACGCGAUGAAACCCCGGCAAUGCCACGCAUGGCCCCACUUGCGAGUACUCCAGUCGAAAAUCCCGCUGAUCGUCCCACUCCAUCAGUCGAGCCGACAAUCAAUUCCCGUCCCUUACCUACUGGUUUCACUCCGGUAAAUGCUGCUGCAAACGGGUUCACAGCUGUCAACCAUCACUCUCCUGCCGUCGCCCAGUCUCCGGGGUUUGCUGCCAUGAACAAUGCCCCGGCCAUCAAGCACGAGGGUGAGAAUGGAACAUCAACCCCAAAGAGUGUUGCUGAGCACCCGGCGCAUUCAACACCCAUUCCAAAUGGCCAACCUGGCCAGCCUAUGAAGCGUGCAAUGAGUCAUGACAGUGCCUCUCCUGGUGACGAUGGUGACGAUGGUGACGAUGGUGGCAUUGGCAGGCGUAGUAAACGGCUUAAAAAGGAUAUGGCCCCGACCGUAGCAGGAUCGCAUAUGUCUCUUCUUCGCCCUGCAGCCCCCAAACCGCGUAAAGAUGGCGGAGAAAAUACUGGAGAGAAGUGCGAAUCAUGCGGCAAAUCGGACGAAAGCUCCCCUAUCCUCGUUUGUGAUAGCUGUGAACUCGGAUAUCAUACGGCUUGUCUCGACCCAAGUACUACGGCUCCUUCCGAUCAUGACUGGCACUGCCCUAAAUGCUUGGUUGGAACUGGAGAGUUUGGGUUCGAAGAUGGAGGCGUUUACUCACUGAAACAAUUCCAAGAGAAAGCCAACGAGUUUAAGAAGCGAUAUUUCGCUUCGAAGAUGCCAUUUGAUCCCGUUCUCAAUACUCACCGACGUGAAACUGAAGAUGACGUUGAAGCCGAAUUCUGGAAGCUGGUUGUGGAUCUGCAUGAAACAGUUGAGGUUGAGUACGGUGCUGAUAUUCACUCCACUACCCAUGGCAGUGGAUUCCCAACUGUCGAGCGAAAUCCGCUCGAUUCUUAUUCCUCCAAUCCCUGGAAUUUGAACGUUCUUCCAUUCUACGGCGACUCAUUAUUUCGUCACAUUAAAUCGGAUAUCUCCGGUAUGACUGUGCCUUGGGUCUAUGUAGGAAUGUGCUUCUCGACUUUCUGCUGGCACAAUGAAGAUCAUUAUGCCUACUCUGCCAAUUACCAGCACUUUGGUGCCACUAAAACGUGGUAUGGUAUUCCCGGAGCUGAUGCCGAAGCAUUCGAAGCUGCCAUGCGUGAUGCCGUUCCAGAACUGUUUGAAGGACAGCCUGAUCUUCUCUUCCAGCUGGUCACCUUGAUGCCACCAGACAAACUUCGGAAAGCUGGUGUAAACGUCUAUGCGACAGAUCAAAGAGCCGGCCAGUUUGUUCUUACGUUUCCUCAGGCAUAUCAUGCAGGCUUCAACCAUGGCUUCAACUUCAAUGAAGCAGUCAAUUUUGCUCCUGCAGACUGGGAGCCCUGGGGUGCUGAGGGAGUGCAGCGCCUACAAACCUUCCGCAGACAUCCAUGCUUUUCCCAUGAUGAGUUGUUGUUCACAGCCGCUGCCCGAGACACUUCAAUCACCACUGCUAAAUGGUUAGCACCUGCACUUGAUCGAAGUUGUCGUCGAGAACUGGCAGAUCGAGCAACAUUCUUGAAACAGCACCGCGACAAGACGCCCCAUAAUUGCGCCAUUGGCACAAGCCCCCCCUCAGGUGAUUGUCAGCUUAAGUUCGUAGUUGAGGAGGAAGAUCUUCCAGAGGAUGAUUACCAAUGCCAGCAUUGCAAGGCUUACACUUACCUUACGCAGUUCCGUUGCCACAAGUCAGGCAAAACUCUUUGCUUGUUACAUGUGGAAGCGCAUGACUGCUGCGGUGAGUCCCCCCAACAAAAGCUUUUGGGGCCUGGUCACACCCUGCGCUACCGUGCGAGUGACGAGGAACUCAAAGCGACAGUUCAACGAGUUCAUGAACGGGCAAAAAUUCCCGAAUUAUGGGGGGAGAAGCUCGAUAAGACCUUGGCGGAUGAGCCCAAGCCCCAGCUGAAGGCUCUGCACAAUUUGCUCAGUGAAGGUGAGAAAAUCCCAUACCACCUGCCUGGCCUCCAAGACCUUGCGGCCUUCGUCCAGCGUUGCGAUAAAUGGGUUGAGGAGGCGAACAACUACAUUACCCGGAAGCAGCAAAACCGCAGAAAAAACGAAAAAGCAUGGCGUAAGACUAGUACCAAGGCGGCGCAGCUGGACGAUCGUGACCGUGAAGUCCGCAGAGUGGAGAACAUCUACGCCCUACUGGCAGAGGCUGAUAAACUUUCCUUCGACUGUCCACAGAUGGGGGCUCUGGAAGAGAAAACCCGCGAAAUCGAGAAAUUCCGCCAGGAUGUUAACGUUGCCCUGAUGAAACCGCAUGUCCGAACGAUCCAGGAUAUUGAAGAACUAGUUGAAUCCGGCCGCAACUUCAACGUGGAAAUACCGGAAGUGGAACACCUGGAGAAAAUUGGGCAACAGAUGAAAUGGACCGAGGAGGCCGCUCGCAAAAAGGACCAAUACCUUACCCUCAAGGAAUGUCAGGAACUUGUUGCAAGUGGAGAUCAGCUCGGCCUAUCCGACACCAAUGAGCUUUUGGUCUAUUUCAAGGAACAUGGCCGACAUGGCGAGGCCUGGGAAACCAAAGCCAAGGAAUUGAUGGCUGUUGAAGCCGUUCACUAUCAACAGUUGGAAGCUCUUUCUGCGCAGGCAACUCGUGUCCCCGUCACCCCUGACACCUUGGCUGCUGUAGAAGCUAUCCUGACUAAGCAAAGAGAGGCACAAAAACGAAUUCAAACUUUGUACGACAAAAGCAGGGAUCCCGACUUGAGAAACCGACCAUGCUACAAAGACGUCCGUGAACUCACGGAGUCCCUGGAGCAUCUCAACAGCCGCCCAAUUGGUGCGAUCGAUCUGGAACGUGAACAGAAACGCCAUGAAGACUGGAUGCGAAAGGGCAAGAAGCUAUUUGGCAAGGCUAACGCUCCCUUACACAUUCUCAAGUCUCACAUGGAGUAUGUGGCGAAGCGAAAUUCUUAUUGUUUCGAUUUGGAUGAUAGCUAUCGUCCUCCGGUGGAACCUUCUUCAAGAGACAACACUCCAGAUGGGUUACUGGAAGCCCCUAAUACCGCUGUCUGGGGUCCAAAGUCACGCAAGAGAGAUGUAUUCUGCAUUUGUAGACGAUUGGAAGCGGGAAUGAUGAUUGAAUGUGAAGUCUGUCAUGAAUGGUACCAUGGGAAAUGCUUGAAGAUUGCGCGUGGCAAAGUAAAGGAGUUUGACAAAUAUACCUGUCCGAUAUGUGAUUGGCGUCAGAAGAUCCCUCGGGAUGCGGCGCGUCCCAAGUUGGAGGACCUACUGGAUUGGCAAGCUGAGAUCGCAGGUCUUCCCUUCCAACCGGAUGAAGAGGAAGUUUUGGACAACAUUCUUAAUCAAGCAAGUUCGUUUCGUGAUUUUCUACAAGGCUUCACCAAUGCUACUUGUACGACUACCGAGGAAGUGCCUACGUUGAUCUUUUAUCUACGAAAAAUUGAAGGCGCGGAAGUCCUACUUACCUAUGAAACCAACUUCUUCCGACAAGAGAUCCAUAAGUGGGCGCCUGUUGCCCCACAGGCACCGCCCAUUUUAGAACAGUCCCUGUCGACUCGCAAACCUCGUCCUACCAAGCAACAAAAAAUCAUGGCUCAGCUUGGUGUUGACCGGCCUGAAGAUCUUCCCGAACAUCUCCGCAUAAAGCAUAUGACUGCAAAGCGGAAAUCUAUUGAUUCUCAGUCCCAGACGACUCCAUACCGACCCCCCUCUUUGCAGCCAGCACCUCCGACUCCAAACAAUCACCCAUCCAACGCCAACGAGCCAACGUUGACACCCAUGUCCGAAUCAAAUAACAACACGUCAUAUCCUUUCUCUGCCAACUACUCUCUCCCGGGAAGCGACUCAACACCGGCCUUUGCGCCUACCUCAUCUGCAUUCUUACCUCAUGCUGUUGGUGCUGCCUCGCAGUCGCCUUCUUUCCUUCCUCGUUCUCCCACACCUCAGGAAGGCAUGGAGCCAUCCUUAUUCAGCCCGCCUCGCUUUGAUCGUGACCCUCAGUUUGUCAGUAGCAGUCCUCGUCAAGACAUGGAUGACGUAUUUGCCGAUCUUACCAAUCAAGAUGUUGACCCUGAUGCGGAGACUAUGGAAAACAGUCAUGCCAAUGAGGCUCUUGAAGCGCUCGAUGUCAGCAAUGGGAGUAGCCGGGCUCCAUCUCUUAAUGGUGAGAAUGCGGCAGGUGGUGAUGCUCAACACGUCGAAUCUGAGAAUGUCAAUGGCUCUAGUUCCGCCCCGGAUGACAGUUCUGCUGAGCCUCCGAGUCAAGCAGCAACAAGUGUCCCUCGAAAUGGUGACACGCAGUCCAGACAGGAGGAGCAACCUGCAACGCCAGAUUCUGUGUAG